GGAACACAUUGGCUCCAAGACACUUCCUCUGAUUUAGGAAGGCAAGGUCCUGGAUAAGAAUGACAAGAUGAUAAUUCCAAAAGGUGAUUCUAGAGAAGAGGAAGGAGAAGGAAAUAAGGAGUGUGUCAGCAUACAUGUUCCAGAGUGAGGACUAGAGCUAAAACCACCAGACAAUCCCUAGGCUUCUACUUCCCCUUUCCAGAGGGGUUCAGUCACAGAAUAACAACAGGUAAAUUCUAUAUGCGGUUCUGUGGCAUUUGCUGAUAAUAAGAAUUUGCCUCUUUCAAAAUUAUAUUCAGUCAUGGAUGCUAAUUAUGACCCCGAUGAAGAUCAUCUUAUAAGUUAUGAUGUUCAGCUCAGUAUUCAAGAAUCCACUGAAGCCAGCAAGGCUGUAUUUUAUCCUGAAAGAUUUGUACUACUAAGUGAUCAAAAGAGAAAGCUGGUGGAGGCCAUAAAGCAAGGUCACAUUCUUGAGCUCCAGGAGUAUGUGAAAUAUAAAUAUGUAUUGGAUGAAGCUGAUGAAAAAGGGUGGUUUCCAUUGCAUGAAGCUGUUGUUCAACCCAUUCGACAAGUACUUGAGGUUGUCCUGGAUGCAUCCUAUAAGACGCUCUGGGAGCUCAAGACCUCUGAUGGAGAAACACCCUUGACUUUGGCAGUCAAAGCUGGUCUGGUGGAAAAUGUAAGAACUUUACUAGAGAAAGGAGUGUGGCCAAACACCAAAAAUGACAAAGGAGAGACACCCCUUCUGCUUGCUGUAAAAAAGGGCUCCUAUGACAUGGUGUCUGCCCUGCUGAAACACCACACCAGCCUUGAUCAGCCCUGUGUCAAGCAAUGGUCAGCAAUGCAUGAAGCAGCCAAACAAGGCCGCAAAGAUAUAAUAGCUCUACUACUAAACCACAGAGGCAGUGUCCACCUAAGAGACGGAUUUGGAGUCACCCCGUUAGGUGUUGCGGCCGAGUAUGGUCACUGUGAUGUGUUGGAACACCUGAUCCACAAAGGAGGGGAUGUGCUUGCUUUGGCGGAUGAUGGGGCAUCAGUGUUGCUUGAGGCAGCAGGAGGGGGAAAUCCUGACUGCGUCUCCCUCCUGCUGGAAUAUGGAGGAAGUGGAAACAUACCUAACAGAGCAGGGCAUCUUCCUAUACACCGAGCUGCCUACGAGGGACAUUAUCUUGCACUGAAAUAUCUUAUUCCAGUAACAUCCAAACAUGCAAUCCAGAAAAGUGGGCUAACGCCAGUUCACUCAGCAGCGGAUGGACAAAAUGCACAGUGCCUAGAACUGCUUAUUGAAAAUGGCUUUGAUGUCAAUACGCUGCUUGCUGACCACAUUUCCAAGAGCUAUGAUGAUGAACGGAAGACUGCGCUCUAUUUUGCCGUUUGCAAUAAUGAUAUCCACUGCACAGAAGUCCUCCUGGCUGCAGGUGCAGACCCAAACUUAGAUCCCCUCCACUGCCUUCUUGUGGCAGUGAGGGCCAAAAAUCAUGAAAUUGUCAGGCUGCUUCUCGCCCAUGGAGCUAAUGUCAAUUGUUAUUUCAUGCAUGUGAAUGACACUCAUUUCCCCAGUGCCAUUCAGUAUGCCCUAAAUGACGAGGUAAUGCUCAGACUGCUGCUGAAUAACGGCUAUCAAGUGGAGAUGUGCUUUGACUGCAUGCACGGGGACAUCUUUGGAAAUUCGUUUGUAUGGUCAGAGAUAGAGGAAGAGGUACUGCCGGGAUGGACGUCUUGUGUCGUAAAAGAUAACCCGUUCUGUGAGUUUAUUACAGUUCCUUGGAUGAAACACUUGGUAGGCAGCGUUAUUCGUGUAUUAAUGGAUUACAUGGAUUAUAUCCCUCUGUGUGCUAAACUGAAAUCUGCACUAGAAGUACAGAGAGAAUGGCCAGAAAUCCGUCAAAUAUUAGAGAAUCCCUGCUCCUUAAAGCAUUUAUGUAGGUUAAGAAUUCGAAGACUUAUGGGACUCCAGCGACUCUGCCAGCCAGCCUCAAUGGAGAAGCUCCCUCUGCCACCAACUAUUCAAAGAUACAUAUUAUUUAAAGAGUAUGAUCUCUAUGGACAAGAGCUAAAAUUGCCAUAAUCUAAAACAAUCUUUUUAAAUGUGAUUUUAAAAAUGUGUUUAAAUGAGGUUCCUUCAGAGAAUUUCUUGGAACCAUUUUACAUAGUGUAUUUAAAUCCAUUGACACUUUUAUAACUGGAUCCUGGGUUCUUUGGGGAGCACCAUAUUUUACAUCUCUAAGGACCUUCUGCAUUGUGAUUUUUUAAAGUUAGUCAAUAUUUUGUAUUUGAAUUUCUACUGAUUGUCUUCACUUGCAAUAAGUCUUCAAACUCUCCUUAUCAAGUGACUCCUGCAAUAUCCAUGAGCAAGUCUCUCCUAUGUUUAUAAAACAAAGAACCACUUUCUCAAACCCACAUCUCCAGCCAGUUGCUGCCCCGUUGUCUCCUUUGUUU